CCAGUGUAGCAUUAUCUGCUAUCGUAAUAUUUGUGAUUCAGGAAUAGCCCAUUUAAGUAUCAUCCUUUGUUCUUUCUGUGGUUGGCAUUAGCAUUUAUGGAGAAUAUCUGAACAGCAAAAAAGGGUGUUUUAUUAAAGUGCCUUGUCCAAGAAAACAUUUCAACAUUGCUUAAAGCAAAGAUGGGUGCAGCGGAGUCAUCUUCCAAGCUUGCUGGCUCCAUCCAUGACUUUGUCGUCAAGGAUGCAAGGGGAAAUGAUGUGGAGCUCAGCAGAUACAAAGGGAAGGUUGUGCUUAUCGUGAAUGUGGCAUCUCGUCGUGGUCUGACGAAUUCCAACUACACUGAGCUGGGAUUGCUCCAUGAGAAAUAUGGGGACAAAGGGUUGGAGAUACUGGCGUUUCCAUGCACCAAUUUGGUGGACAAGAGCCAGGUAGCAAUGAGCAGAUUGCGGAGUCUGCUUGCACCCGCUUCAAAGCAAGAUACCCUAUUUUUGGCAAGGUUGAAUGGCAAUGCUGCUCCGUUGUACAAGUUCCUGAAGUCACAGAAAGGUGGUCUCUUUGGAGAGCGCAUCAAAUGGAACUUCACCAAGUUUUUAGUUGGCAAAGAUGGGCACGUCGUGAGCAGAUAUGCAUCAACAAGCUCUCCAUUGAGCAUUGAGAAUAACAUUCAGAAACUUUUAGAGGCCUAGAGCUCGCUGCGGAAGAUCGUCAUCCGCUUGUUAUAUGUUGCCUUCUCCUUUUUCGCUAUUGGGUAUCCAUCUGUAUGCGUACUGUUAUGACUUACGAGUGUUUCUUGCCACGCUGUAUGUUACCAACUGUUACAGUGUUCUCCACAUGUUGAGAAAAAAAUAGUACAAUAUAUGCAUAAUUGGGAAUGACAUAUCUUUCAUAGGAAGAAGAUAGUCGGAUUCGAAUAACAUAACAUUGAACACUGCCUAGUGAAUCUAUAAGAAUUUACUAAAAAAACUGAAUACGCUAUUUCAAAGUAUGGUUUUGAUAUUCUUCUCCAAACAGAAAAUUCUUGAGAGCUGGAAUUGUCGACAAAUGAGCUAGCCUCUAGAUGAGUUGAUAUCAAUGCUGGAACUUCGCGUGUCAAAUAUCCCAGAGCUAGGCCACCCUCCUGUCACAGAUGGCGGCGUUA